GUUACAAAUAACCUCACCCUCUCCUAGAGGAAAGUAUAUUUGAGGUCGUCGACUAUGGCGCUUGCGUGACUCAUCAUUACACUGCAUUUUUAAAUAACUUUCAGUUGUAUUGCUUCAGGCUACAGCUUUUCGGUUUACAGUUUGGACUUCUAAAAUGAUAUGGUCUGUAAUAGGCGUUCUUUUUCUGACGUGGCUCUUGUACAAGCUGUUUAAAGACGAGUUUACUUCGUUGAGAAAAAUUCCCAAACCCAGUGGAUCUCUUCCAGUGUUUGGUCAUGGGUUGACAUUUCUACGACAGGAAAACCAUGCGAAAUUGCUGCAGGAUUGGAGUGAAAAAUACGGGCCAAUUAUCCGUUAUAAUCGAGGUUUUGGGGACUCUAGAGUCCUCUUGACAGAUCCUGAGCUGAUCAAAUAUGUUGUCGUGACAAAUGCAAAGAACUACAGGCGGUCAGAGUUUGUUCGACAAGUUCUGCCCAGCAUUGGUAAUGGUUUAUUUUCCUCCAAUGGGAAGGAUCAUGCAUUUCAACGGAAAUUGAUCACCCCAGCAUUUCAUUUCAGCAACUUGGUUGGAAUGGUUGAGCAUUUUGAAGAUGUUGCUCACAAUUUAGUACAGCUUUGGACGGAACAAGUAAACAGCUCAAAAGAAGGAGUCUCAGAGGCUUCCAUCUCUGUGGACUUGACUCAUCUUACAUUAGAUAUCAUUGGAAGAUGUGCCUUUGGGUACAAUUUUGACACCGUGUUGUCAGGAGAAAGUGAAGUUUCAAAUGCAUUCUCUGAUGUUAUAUUAGAAAUCAAUUUUGCCCGAUUGAUGAGACAGAAACUUAUUCCACUUUACAAAUAUCUUCCACUCCCUGAUAAUGUAAGGGCAAGAAAAGGUCUGGAACUGACAGAUAAAACUGUCCUGGAGGUAAGGUGUGACUGGAUUUAUUACCUUAAAAUUGGAAGCAUAUCUAAGUAUGCUCUUGGAAUUGAUGCUGUUCACUAUUCCCCAAAGUAUUGGAAAGAUCCACAUGCUUUUAACCCACAGAGGUUUGAUGAAAACGAUGAGAACUACCAAGCUCAUCAUCCAUAUGCGUUCUUGCCGUUCUCCGCUGGUCCUCGCUCCUGCAUAGGGAGUAAGUUUGCCAUGGCAGAGAUGAAAGCUGUGUUAUCUACUUUGUUGCGACACUUAACAUUUGAAGAGAUUCCUGGAUUCACCGUGAGACCAGUUAUUCGAUUGACAGCUAAGCCAGAUCCGCCAUUGCGGUUAAGGAUCAGAAAGUUGACAAGUUGAAUAUGGCUUCAGCGUAUUUGUUUGGUUGGUUGGAUGUGUAACAAUUGCGUUUAGGGCUCAGUAUUAAUUAGCAGUGCUUCAAAACACUACAUAAGGUAGAAGGUAUGCUCGCAAUCAUCUACUAUCUAUUUUUAUCGACUGUUUCGUUAAAAUCUGUGUUAGAUAUUUUGUAUUUCAAUUAGUUUCUUUUAUAAACAUUAUCUUAAAAUUGCCGCCAUGUCCGGCUGAUUAACAGUCAACGUAAAAUUUCAGUUUUCUUCAAGUUAUGUCUGUGCGUUGUUCUUGUAGUUUAGCGCGGUAAUAUUCCACCUCUGCUUUUUUGUUUCCUAAAUAUCUGAGCCAAAAUGUGCGUAUUCUUGGGUACGGACAAACGACAGAGAAAAUCCAACACAAGACUACUAAACCAACAAAGCCCAUGGACCCAGCGAGGAAAUACAACGGAACCAUUCGCCGACUCAUUUCUUUUCAACACUACAAGCGUAAUUUGCGGACUUGAAAUAAAUUUCCAAGGUGCUAAAAUGCGGCUAAUAUCGACGAGGAAUAGAUGAGCCAAUACAAAGGAUGUCCUUGCUCUGAAACGAAACGAAAAACGAAUUUCAAAUUAAAUAUUGUUAUUAGCAUACAGUCAAAUGGAAAUAAAAAAGAAACGAAAAGGUGCAUACCACAAAUAAAAAUAAUUUCACUCAGUUGUAAAUAAUAGUGUGCAAGACAUACCGUAUUGUACUUGUUUUAAGCCCAGCACAGGCCUAUUGCGCGGGUCUAGCGCUACAUAGUUCUUAAGAAUUAAAAUUCAUAUUUUCCUCUCUGUCGGUAAAUAAAUAAAGCGUAUUUACCAAUUGCA